CCCAAAACCCAAACCGUCAACCUUGCGCUCCACAACCCUUCCUGCUUGCCUGUCUGCUGAGAGCCGGCCUGUCAAUCAACACAUACCAAACCAGGAAACGGCGAACGAGCUGAAGGGAACACGGCACAAUGAACGUUACCAGCCCUGUCGCCUCGGAGGUGACCAGUGUGGAGUUCAACUUUCUGUCGCCGGAAGAAGUCCUCGCCCUCUCCGUCAAGCAGAUCGUCAAUCCGGUCACUUUCGCAAAUACACAGGCUGGCAAAACUCCGGUUCCCCUCCCCGGCGGUCUGUAUGAUCCCGCUUUGGGCGCAUCGGACUCUCUGAGACAACGAUGCUCAACAUGCCACUUAGAUUACCAGUACUGUCCUGGACAUAUGGGACAUAUCUCUCUGCCGAUUCCUGUCUACAAUGUAACCUUCUUCGACCAGAUGUUGCGGUUGUUGCGCGCGACCUGCGUCUAUUGUUUCAACUUACGGAUGUCGAAAGCCGAGGUCGAUCGUUACGCCUGCAAACUUAGGCUGAUUCAAUAUGGACUGCUGGAAGAGGCUUCCGAUCUGGACAACCUGCACAUGAAAGCGAAGAAGAAGGGCACUGGCGCGGAGGAAGGCCCCGGCGAUGACAUAGACAGUGACGAUGAUGACGACUUGGAGAAUUUCAUUGCGCGCAGGCGGAAGUUUGUGGACAAGGCAAUAAGCCGGAAGGGAAAGCAGUCUGAUGUUUCAAGCGCCACCAAGAUCAACGCCAUCGCGGAGGCGAGACGUCAGGUGGUCAAAGAUUUCAUGGGCACUGUGGCUGGUGUCAAGAAGUGCACACGGUGUCAGGCGUUCUCUCCCGUCUUCCGCGCCGACAGUUUCUCCAAGAUUUUCGAAAAGCCGCUGCAGGCCAAGCAGCGCGCCUCAAACGCUCAGCUCGGACUCCGAAGAGCGAAUGCUGCGCUUGACCGGCGGAAGCCUCCCGGUAAACAGACGAAGAAUGACCAACAAAAGCUUGCUCAGGUCGAUGAGGGAAUCACUAUUGAUAUCGAGGAGGCUGGGUCGGAAGAAGGGAGCGAAGAGGAAGAGGCCGAGGAGGUGGAGAUUCGGAACGAGUCCGGAAAGCUUCUGACGAAUAUAGAAGUUCACAAUACUUUGAUGCGGUUGUUUGAGAAGGAGAAGGAGAUUACGCUGAUACUUUAUCGACCCCGAACGAUCAGUCAGAAAGACCCGAAACCUGUCUCGGCCGAUAUGUUCUUUUUACACGUCUUGCCGGUUCCACCGACGUGCUUCAGGCCACCGCAGGCGGCUGGAGGAGAGAUCAAUGAGAAUUCCAGCAACAAGGGUCUGGUCAAGAUUCUCCAGGAUUGCCUAGCCAUCCGCGACCAUAAGAACAACCAUGGCGACAAGCCAAAUUCGAUGCAGAGGCUUAUGCAGACUCUUGUUACUUUGCAAGAGGAUGUGAACACCUUUAUCGACUCUUCCAAGAGCCCUUUGCAGGGAAUGGCUUCUCGUAAUGUGGAGAAUGGUAUCAAACAGGCUUUGGAGAAGAAGGAAGGUCUUUUCAGAAAGAAUAUGAUGGGUAAGCGUGUCAACUUUGCCGCGCGAUCCGUCAUUUCUCCCGAUCCUAUGAUUGAAACGAGUGAGAUCGGUGUUCCGCUUGUCUUCGCACAGAAGCUCACCUACCCGGAACCUGUCACCGAUGAGAACUACGCCAAGCUCAAAGAAUUCGUCAUCAACGGACCGGAUCAAUGGCCAGGAGCUGUGUCGAUUGAGAUGGAGAACGGGUCGAUUCAGAAACUGCCAGGAGGAACAAUGAAAGCCGACAGGGACCGUCGUGCCGAUAUGGCUAAGCUCUUGCAAACACCGGAUCCAUUGAUUGGGGACCUCCGGCCGAAGAAGGUGCUCCGUCAUCUGAUGAAUAACGACUAUGUUCUGAUGAACCGUCAACCGACGCUGCACAAACCGUCUAUUAUGGGUCACAAAGCUCGUGUUUUGCAGAAGGAGCGCACGAUUCGCAUGCACUACGCGAACUGCAAUACCUACAACGCCGAUUUCGACGGAGACGAGAUGAACAUGCAUCUUCCCCAGAACGCGGUUGCCCAGGCUGAGGCCCGGGAGAUCGCUAGCACGAACCUGCAGUACCUGGUCGGCACCUCCGGAAAACCCCUCCGUGGUUUGAUUCAGGACCAUUUGGUUAUGGCUGUUUGGCUCACGAACCGCGAUACCUUCUUCACCCGGGAGGAAUACCAACAGCUGCUUUAUUCAGGAUUGUUGCCCGAGCAAGGAAACGGACCGGAGGGAGCAAGUCAGCGUGUCAAGACCAUUCCACCGGCGGUCAUGAAGCCGAGGUCUCUCUGGACCGGAAAGCAGGUUGUCACCAGUAUCCUCGAGAACAUCAAGCCCAAGCAUUUCGAUGGCCUGACGCUCUUCUCGAAGGCUAAGGUUCCAGGUGAUCGAUGGUUUGAGGGUUGCGAGGAAGGAGAAGUCAUCUUCCAUAAGGGUUACCUGGCAUGCGGAAUCUUGGACAAGAAUCAGAUUGGUCCCACCGAGUUUGGUUUCGUCCAUUCCGUAUACGAGGUCUACGGCCCCGCUGCAGCUGGUCGUCUGCUCAGUAUUCUGGGUAGACUGCUCACAAAGUUGCUUCACAUGCGUGCGCAUACUUGUGGAAUGGACGAUCUGCGUUUGACACCCGACGGCAACAAAAAGCGUCGCGAUACUCUCAACCAGUCGCAUGUUGUGGGUCGCGAGUUAGCCGUUGAGUAUGUCGGGCUCAAGGAGGGCGAGUUUAAGGAGAGAGAGCUCAAGGGUAGGUUGGAAGAAGUCAUAAGAGACGAGAACAAACAUAGAACCCUGGAUCUUAAAGCCAAUGCCUCGACCAAGAACUUCACCUCCAGUGUUAUUCGUCAAUGUCUGCCGGACGGCCUCGAGAAGGACUUCCCGCGGAACAGUUUCCAGGCCAUGACUGUGUCUGGAGCCAAGGGUUCCGACGUCAAUGCCUCUCAGAUUUCAUGCUUGCUUGGACAGCAGGUUCUGGAGGGUCGCCGUGUUCCGGUCAUGGUUUCUGGAAAGACAUUGCCUUGCUUCAAGCCCUAUGAGACCGAUGUGAGAGCGGGAGGAUAUAUCACAGAUCGUUUCUUGACUGGUGUCAGGCCACAGGAGUACUACUUCCAUUGUAUGGCUGGUCGUGAAGGUUUGAUCGAUACAGCCGUCAAGACGAGUAGAUCCGGUUAUCUGCAGAGAUGUCUUAUCAAGGGUAUGGAGGGAAUUAUGGUUAACUAUGACAACACCGUUCGCGACAGUGAUGGAUCUCUUGUUCAGUUCCUCUACGGAGAAGACGGGCUGGAUGUGGCCAAGCAGAGGCAUCUGAACCAGUACAAAUUCUGCGCACAAAACAUGUCUUCGCUGCUGCGACGAGCCACUGAGGACUACCGGAAUGCGAACCUCUCAGGUACUCUAGAACGUCUCGCCGUUGCUUUGCGCUACGAGGAGAAGGCUAGUACCCGCGUCAAGAAGGCCCUGAAGAAGUACAACAAAAAGAAGGAUCUCGGCGCGUCGGAAGUCACCAUGUCGGAAUUGAACCCCGCGCGGUACCUGGGUAGUGUGUCCGAGAAGUUCUACGAAAGCAGAGAAGCGUAUAUCGAGAAGAACCCCGACCAGAUCCUGAACAAGAAGGAAGUGUCGAUGGCUGGUAGGGAUCUGAUCGAUACGCUGCCGAAAUCGGAGUUUAGAACCCUCAUGGACCUCAAAUAUCUCCGCUCCAUGAUCGAUCCUGGUGAGGCAGUUGGUAUCGUUGCCGGUCAAUCCAUCGGUGAACCAUCCACCCAGAUGACACUGAACACUUUCCAUUUGGCUGGUCACGCCACGAAGAACGUCACACUGGGUAUUCCACGUCUUCGUGAAAUCGUCAUGACAGCCAGUGCCAACAUCGGUACACCGGCGAUGACGCUCACCCUCCGACCAGAAGUCUCGGAUUCGGAAGCCGAGCUCUUCGCGAAACGCUGCAACAGAUUGGUCCUGGCUGAACUGAUCGAUGAUGUCAGCGUCACGGAAACCGUUACCACCAAGUCUAAGACAUACAUGAUCAGACUGAACCUUUUCCCCGCCGACGAAUACGCCGAGGAGUACUCUGUCAGCAAGAAGCAGGUGCAUUCCGUGUUGAAGAACAAGUUCCUCAAGGCUCUUGAUACCGCUAUCGCCAAGGCGUUGGAUCCUAAACGUGCGAAGAGCAAGGCCCUGGUUGGUAAGGACGAUGCCAUGCCGGAAGUUGGUGAAAGUUCUGGACCUAGUGAGGAGGCACAGGCCCCGCGGGAGACCCAAGGCGGUGAUCGUGAUGAGGACGAGGACAGUGAUGACGAUGACGAGGGUGAUGCUACGAGCGCAAAGCGUCGUGGUCAGAAGCUGGAGUCUACCAGUUACGAGAAACCCGAUGCUGGUGAGGAGGAGAUCGCUCGUCUGGUUGACGAGGAGGCCCCGUCGAGCGACGAAGACGAGGGACUGGGUGACAUGAAUGGGGUAACCGCCACCGCUGCUAGCCAGGAUGAGCCUCGUACUUCCAUGAAGGAGAGCGUCGACAGCGACACUGUUCGGCACUUCGAGUUCGACUCGGCCGGAGAGUGGUGCGAGAUCAAGAUGGAGUACCCUGCAGAGGCACCGAAGGUGUUGAUGUUGGGUAUUGUCGAGAAGGUCUGCAGAGACACUGUUAUCCGUCAACUCCCUGGUAUCGCUUCCGUUGCGAAGGUGCCUGCAUCUGACUUGUCCAAAGAAGAGCAAGCCGCCGGAAAGCGCAAGUUGGCUGUUGACGGUGUCAACUUCCGGGCUAUCUGGGAGGAGGCAGACACAAUCGACCUCAACACGAUCGAGACCAACGACAUUGCUUGUGUUCUGAGAACCUUCGGUGUUGAAGCUUGUCGGAGCAACAUUGUCAAGGAGAUGGACGCCGUCUUCGGAGGUCACGGUAUCUCCGUCGAUAUUCGCCAUUUGAACCUCAUCGCUGACAUCAUGACUCGUGGCGGUGGUUACGCACCUUUCAACCGACAAGGAAUGAAGUCUAGUGUGUCGCCGUUGAUGAAGAUGAGUUUCGAGACAACAUGUCAAUUCCUCAAGGACGCUACCCUGGAAGGUGAUUUCGACGAUCUCACGUCACCUAGUUCUCGGAUUGUUAUGGGCAAGAUAUCGGGUGUUGGAACGGGAAGUUUUGAUGUGAUGGUCGGAGGCUUAUAAUGUGUUAUGGUAAAAGCGUUUGUUUUGUUUCUUUGAUGCACUAGAAUAGGUACUAUAGUGGUGGUGGUGAUGAUCAUAAGGAUUGAUUGGAGGGGAUAUCUUGGUGCAUUUCUUAUAAUCUUUAUUUUGAGUGGAUCGGAGUCGUAGACUAUUGCGAAUGAUGAAGAUUGAGUCUGUUGAA